ACACGCACCUUUAUCUAUAGAAAAUUCUCUGACAUUUAUCAAUUAUUUUUAUUCCGUUUUUUAUCUGUCGAUCUUUUUUUGUUUUUUUUUUAAAUUCCCUAUCCUUCCCCUAAAUACUUUUGUGCAUCCAACAUUUGCUUCUAGCGUGCACUAAAACUUUUUUUUGGAUAUCUGUUGUAUAAUAUUUUAUUUGUGGAACUUUUAUAUCUUUGAUACUUAAUGUGACUAUGAAUAUUUAAAAUAAAAAAAGAAAAGUCACUAAUUAAAAACAGAUAUUUAUAUUCGUAUUUUUUAAAUGCAAGUAAUCUUUGUAAAUGUCAAAAUAUUUAUUUUUGAUCAAAGUUAAUAUUUUCUUUUAAAUAUUAAUUGUUAAUCGUUAUAAAUUAUAAAAUCAAAAAUGCAGAAAAUAAUUUCUUCUUCGUUUGUACAUGGCAGAAUAUGUAAUACUAUUUCAAUGAUGUUACGUGCACAAUUAACAACAUUGAAAUUAAAUAAACAAGAACUUCCCAAACAGCCAAUUCCAGAUUUAAAAAAAACUGCGGAACGAUAUUUGACAUCUGUAAAACCAUUAUUGAGUGAAAAUGAAUAUUGUAAUACAAAAAGAAUUGUUGAGGAAUUUAUUUCUGAAAAUGGUCCUGGACCUUUUUUACAAUCAAAAUUAUUAGAAAGAUAUCAUAAUACUGAUAAUUGGAUGAAUAACUGGUGGAUAGAAGCAGCAUACUUAGGUUAUAGAGUUCCUCUUAUCAUGAAUUCUAAUCCUGCUAUUGUUGGUCCACCUUUAAAAUUUUGUCAUAAAGAAGAUAUAUAUAUAACUGCAGCACAUAUUAUUAAAGCUGUUUGUGAUUAUAAUGAUAUGUUGAAGAGUGGUAAAAUAAAACAAGAAAUGAUUAAAAAUGAACCACUAGAUAUGCAACAAUACGGAAUGAUUCUUGGAACGUAUCGUCGACCUGCACCAAAAUGUGAUCAACUACUACACACUGAUGAUUCAAAACACGUUAUAAUAAUGAGUAAUAAUAAUUUCUUUAAACUUGAUGUUAUUAAAAAUUCUUGUGUUUUGAAUGAAAGUCAAAUUGCUGGUGCAAUCAAAGAUAUUGUCAGUCGUUCCCAGACAAAAGGAAUGCCUAUUGGUAUUUUAACAGGAAAUGACAGAGAAACAUGGGCAGAAUGUUACUGCGUACUUAAAGAACAAGGAAAUAAUGGAAAAAUAAUAGAAGAUAUUGAGCAAUCAAUGUUCAUAUUAUGUCUGGAUAAAGAAAUGCCUAAAGAAAUUUUUGGAAACAGAAAUAAUGCUUCUGUUAGAGCUCUACAAUCCUUAAGCGGUUAUAACAGUGAUUUAAAUGCAGGAAACAGAUGGCAUGAUAAGACUAUACAGUACUUUGUUUCUACGGACGGUUUUCUUGGAUUGGAAAUGGAGCACAGUCCAUGCGAAGGUGUCCCUGUUGCUGUGUUACAUGACCACAUUGUAAAAUACAUCACAUCAAAAUUAAAUGAUGUAAAAUGUGACAAAUUCGAUGACUUCCCAAGGGCAGAAUGUUUAAAAUUUGAAACCAAUGACAUAAUAGAUUGUGCUAUUCAAAAUGCUACCUGCAUUGUGGAUAGUAUCUCACAAAAUGUUCAUAUGGAUUGCUUUACAUUUAAUGAGUUUGGAAGUAAAGAGAUAAAGAAAUAUAAGACAAGUCCUGAUAGUUUCAUUCAAAUUGCCAUGCAAGUUACUUAUUAUAAAGUUCGCAAUGAACCACCAAAUCAUUAUGAAAGCGCUGGAUUAAGAAGAUUUAAAAAUGCAAGGACAGAAUGUAUCAGAUCGACUAGCACCGAAUCUGUAUCAUUUGCAAAAGCCAUGAGUAAAGAUGGAUGUACGGAUGAAAAACAAUUAAAAGAAAUGAUGUUUACAGCCAUAAACAAACAUAAAACGACUGCAACCGAGGCUUCAUUAGGACAAGGUGUCGAUAGGCACUUAUUUGGUUUAAAAAUGGUAGCUUCUAUCGAAUCAAUGUGUCUUCCAGAAUUGUAUAAGGAUGUUGCAUAUAUUAAAAGUACAUACUAUGAUUUAACAACGAGUCAAGUACCUCAUAAAACAUCGUCAUUUAUGUGUUACGGUCCGGUUGUACCAGAAGGUUACGGUUGUUGUUAUAAUCCUCGAGAGAACGAUAUUCUCUUUGGUUGCUCUUCCUUUAAAUCCAGUACAAAGCCAGAUGCAACACAAUUUGCCAACACAUUAAAAGAAACUUUGUGUCGGAUGAGAAAUUUAUGUAAUGUUUGAUUGAAUAUAUAUUACGUAAUGGUAAAAAUAUAUAUUAUAAUUAUUUCAUUUGUUAACUUGGAUAGAUUAUCCAUACGCUAUAUUGUUUUCACAAUUUAUAUUUAAACAAUAAAAUUCUCAAUUUCUAAACAUAAUAUAAAAAAUACUUAAUAUCUAUUUGAUUUUUUUCUUUGGGGGGGAAAAAAGAGGAAUCGUCGAAAAAAAGGAAGCAAUGUUGCCAGUCCGAUUUAUCAAACUGACUUCUCAUCUUUGUAUAAUUUUUCCAUGAAUUUUUUUUUAUUUUUAACAAUAUACAAUAUAAAAUAUUACGAAAUUAAGUAAGUUAUAAUGAAAAUAUAUAUAUUCUAUUAUUGUUGUCUACCCGUAAUAUUCCACAUGUACUUCCUAUGGUUGUUUAUACAAUAAUUGAUAUAAAUAAAAAUAAUAUAUACCGUACAAUGAAAA